AUGAUGCAAGCCAGGAAGAUUAAGUACGACGUCAUCGGACUGAGCGAGACGAGACGAAGCCAGCCUCUCAAUGCCGUAAAGCUGGAGAAGAACUGUUCUAAGGAACAUGAGACAGCAAAGGAGUUGGUGGAGUUGGCGUUCUCGUCAACACGAGUAUGGCAAAGAACAUCGACUCUUUCAAGCAACCUACGACCCGAAUCGGACGUCUGCGGAUGUAAGGAUGUGAUUCAAUGCCAGCUUUGA